AUGAAGCAGACUGAGGGGAGGAGGUUCUUUACUGAACCACCUGUCAUGUUAAAGCAGUCACCUAUUGCUGGGGGCUUAUCUCCCCCCGAGCGUGCCACUCAAGAAGUCCAGGAUGUCACCAACCAGGUGAAACUACAACUUAGAGUCAGGGUAAACGGGAGAUAUGACAUCUUUAGAGCCAUACUCUACAGGACUCAAGUAGUUGCUGGGACAAUGUACUUCAUUAAGGUCCAAGUUGCUGAUACUGAAUAUGUCCACUUAAAGGUGUUUGUGGGCCUUCCUCCGGAGAACUUAUAUCCUGCCCUUGUCAGUUUUCAGACUGGCAAGACCAGAGAUGAUCCUCUGGACUACUUCUGAGACACGA